AUGAAGAUCGGAGACCAGAGACCCCCAGCGCGACAGAUGUCGCCGUCAAUAUCAACGCAGCACUCCGCGCCUCGCAACCACCACGCAACCGAAGGGCAUCCACACGGCGAGGACGUGUCUGCACCACGGCGCACCUCUCCUGCCCCCGCGGGCUCUCAAGACGCAACCGCCCAGCCCGAGGACCACGGCUUCCCCUUUGUACCAGACGAAGAACCCAGAAGAUACAUCCCAGACUCCCCCACCGCCAUCAUGCGCCACAUCAACACCGCCUACCCGCCCAUCAUACACUACACGCUGCACAUCGGGAUGCUGGUCAAGGACCUGCAUGAAAAGAUUGGAGAGUGCCACGCGUGGUGUGAGGCCGCAGUGGAGGCCGGGAUGGGGGGUGAGCCGGCAGUGAGGGAGACGUUGGCAGCAUUGGAGAGGUUGCGGUUUGUGGUGCCGAGGGGGGUGGGGGCGAAUUGGAUUGGGGUUGAGAGGGUCUGA